AUGGUUCGUGUCACGGAGGAACUGGCCAUCUCGCCAGAGCAUGUCACACUCUACUACACCACCGACCCUUUGCUGGGCCAUCUCCCGGUCCUCAUCUUCCACGGCCCUUCGACGACAGCAAACUACACUCUCAACAGCUCGCGCAUUCAGGUCCAUGUCUAUAGCCCGGCUGGGUUCAUGUCCUUUCACCGUAUCACCAUCUCUCCCAACUCCCCCUUCUACGAUGUUGUCGACUACCUGCCGCGCGAGUUUCAAGGUGACGAGAUAUGUAGAGGACUGGCCUUUGGCCUGUACAAGUACUUCAGCGAGCUACCAGAAGCCGUCAAAACCUACCUAAAACACCAGUAUCCCACACGAGGCCCGAGGGCUCCCGACACGGCAGCUACGUUAUUCAGCCCUCAGCAUGCCGCCGAUCUCGCCCAGUCGGCCGUUCCCGUCGAAAACACCGCCGACGUGAUUCAGACUCUCGAGGUUGCGCUACAAACACAACACAUAAAUAACGUGGAUAUCGACUUGGUAUUGCCCCCAGGUUCCAUCAUCCCCCUUGAUGACGAGGAACUCGAGGAGGUACCUGAAGACGAAGACGAUAUUUUGGAUCCGACUCUCAGGCAGUACGGCGGCUAUACUCCCUUGGUCAAGCUGUUUGGAGAGCCUGUGUUCCUUCCUACAUCCAAGUUACGUCGCGCACCUUCGCGGCCCUCUUCAUUACGAAACAGGACCAAGUCGUUUUCAAGGAACCAAAAAGUGGAAUUGCGCAUGAAGCUGGGCGAGUUGGUCGAUACCGAGGAGCGCUAUGUGCUCAAGGUGAACGAAUUGGUAAACCAUGUGGCCGACGAAUUCCGCCAAGGAGCAAAGGCACGAGCUACUGGUAGCAUCAGCCCGUCAGAGGAGGAUCUGGAUAAGCUCUUCCCGCCAUCGGCGGAUGAGAUACUGCAGCUCAACACGGCAUUUAUGCACGAGCUUCGGCGGAUUAUGGACGAUACGGAAGAGGAUGCGAUUAGAGACAUGGAGACCCCAUUCCCAAUACAUAGAGAGGGCUCUGUCAAGGUCAAGGACCCCAGCGGUGCUCUGGCCAUGGCCCGCCUCUUCAUGGAGUGGUUCCCUAAGUUUACCGAGUGCUAUCAAGACUACAUCCGGGCCAGUCGGGAAUUUCCCCGGCUCCUCAACCUAUUUCUAGAGCAACAAUCAAGCUUUCGCCAGCGGGUAGCCCAGAAAGGAGAACAAGCCGUCCGAUCCCUCCUCAUAGAGCCAGUCCAGCGAUUGCCACGAUACAGUCUUAUGAUCGACCAGAUUGUGAACUGUCUGCCCAUUACGCAUCCUGCCCUGCAACUGAUGCUCCGUGCAAGGGACAUAAUCACCAACAUCUGCUCUCUAGACGAGGGCGCGGGAGACAAGCCCCACAUAAUUAACAGGUUACGCGCAAUGGUGGAAUGCUGGCCUCCAGACUUGGAGCCACAGGGAAGGUUAGCCGUGGCUGCCGACUUCAUCGAGCUGUCUCCCCCUUUUGAUGAGCUGCGAGAAUCAGAUCUCCAUGAGAAUGCCGGUAUUUUCCUCGUGUUCUCCGACAUUAUCGUUAUUCUCAAGAAGAAGACCGACUCAGGACUUACGGGUCGUGACCUACUGCGCGAGAUCGACAAGCCAUCACCCGCCGGCCUGCUCGCAUCCAUGACAAAUGUUGCUGGAGGACCAGGAAUGUGGGAGUUCGCGCUUACGGGGUGGCAUAACCUUGCCGAUGUUCGCUUUACAGAAUCUGCUGAUGGUAGGCUAAUCUGGAUGGCCUCGACUGCUGAUAUGAAGGGGUCGCAUUCUGGCGAGUAUUUCGGUGGCAAGGCGAUUACCUCGAGGUGUUUCAUACUGCAAGAAAUGUAUGAGGGUAGGGCUUCCAAAUGGAGUGAAGAAAUCGCCAAGGCCCGUAUCGAGGGUCGAUUUUCCGAGCAGGAGAGAGAAGACCCCACUUGGACUUUGCGUUCGGUGAGGAUGGAAGACAACAAUUUCCGGCUACACGCAGCCGUUUUUCAGGAGGCGGCAGAUCAACUCAUCGAAGGCCGACGAGAACCAGCACCUAUCCGGGUUGUCCUGGAUAUGGACCUAGGUACCAAGAGCGCCCCAGUCGGUCAUUACGGCGUAGAGGUCGUGGUCGAGAUCAGUACCGCGGAUCUAAGGAGGAUAUCGAUGAAUACUCUUGGCUUAAACGGCAAGAAAUUCAGCGAUGAAGUUGCCCUGGACGACUUUCUACCAACCCUCUCACGCAGAAUUAUCCAGUUGCUAAGUACCCAAACCUGUGUCGCUAACCAAAGACUCGCUCCCGCCCUUGUUCACUACUAUACCAAGAUCCUACGCGGCCUCCACAUGGGAUCAAAAGACAUGGAAAAAGGCCAUAAGCGCUCACAAAGCGCGUCCCCCGUCAAGUUGUUGUCGAAUUUCCUCGGUGGCAGCACGCCCAGUGUUACACUCACAGAAAGUACGCCCAGUGGCUCGAUAAGGGGGCACCAGCGGAAUCCUAAUGGGAGUGCUCCCGCUCUGCUCCCCUCGCAGAUGGCCAGGACAAACAGCCGCAAUGAAUUGCUGUUGCUUGCGGCCCAAAUUAAGGAACAACAUAGUAUCAAGAUGGGCACUGCUGAAGACAUGCGCCCCGAAAACCCACUGUUCCGUCUUGAACAGACCUUCACUGGUUUCAUUGCCAAUCUACAGGCUCGUAAAGGCUACUAUCAUGGCCGAACACUGCUUACUAGAUCCAUGGCAGACGAACUGUUGGUCAACGACCUCUACAACAGACUGAUUGAAUUUCCAUUCGAUUUGGAAGCCUCGGCUGAGGUGGGCACUGACAUAGUGUUUGCCGCGUUCGAGAAGUUUGUGCGCAUCGCAUGGCGCGAUCAGAUAGGACCCAUCAUAACCAUGCAUGCGCUUGAUGCCCUCCAGGUCCGGGCUUCCAAGAGAGUGGUGGGAGACUUUGGCGACUUUGUUCGAUUCAUUUUCCGAGACCUGGCCCCACAGAACCGACGGGCUUUCACCGCACUGAUCAAACUACUGGCAGAUUUACUAGAUGGAUGCUCGAAUGACGGAGAUCGGGGCGCCUUGACACUAGCGUUCGCAGAAUUACUUGUCGACGACGGCACCGGUUCCAAUUACAUCAAUCUCCUAGACCGCCUUGUUGAAGACUGCGACCGAAUCUUCGAGGACCACAGCUUUGCCGCAACCCUACAGCUCAACAGCUCACACGACGAUAUUACCGCGAGUAACCGGAGCCAAAAGUCCGUUACGGGGUCAGUGACGUCCAACAGCUCGUCGCUGCGGAGAAAGUUUGGGUUCGACAGCCUCCUCCGGCAAAACAGCAAAACAGAUUCCGAUCGUUCUUCGGUAUGGCGGUCCCUCAGCAAGCACACAAGGAGCCCAGGUGAAAGUUCGAGCCUUUCCAAAGCGAGUAGGUCAAAAUCAAUCGAUAUAAGCGUUUUCUUCAACCCACCAACACCCAACAGGUCGCGACGCCCAGGGUCGCGAGACAGGCCUCCAAUCGCCGGAGCUUUCGAUGACAUCACGCACCGUCCGUCUAGUACAAAACGAUUAGAGACGAUUGGCGAGCCGGAAGAUGAAGAAGCGUUUACCGAAUCCAACCGGUUAAAGAAGAAACGUCGCAGCUCGUUGUCGGAUCUGAAGUCGGUAUUGUCGUCCACGACCCUGGUAGAAUCGGUUACGAGCCCGCCCCCGGUAGACGACAAAGAGUCGCCGCUAGUCAUCGACGUCGACAGCGCUGCCGUCCCUGUUCCCGCUCAGAUUAACAGAAAACAGGCCCCCCAGAAGUUUCACACGGCGCCCCGUCUCCCGGCACCGACCAAGAUUCCGAUCAGUCCGAACUCACCCACCAAGAUAUCCAUAAGUCCCGGUUCGGGCUAUAGUGUCAGCUCUGGCGCUGAAUUUGUACCACCAUUGUACUCAUCACGGCAGAAGGAAAGCCCAAUUGUCAGUCCCUUGGCAUCAUCCCCGUGCACCCCACCCGAUAAAAAGGCCUUUAGCUCCUCCCUCCCAAUUCGGAGUCGGCCCAAGUCCCUUUCGGUCCCCCAAAUUCCCACCCUCAAGCCUUCCCGGCUCCCUACGGCCGAACGCCCAUCACCCAACAGCAACAGCACCAGCAAUGGCGCUGCCGACACUGGCGGCAACCUCACCAGAUCUCCGAGCCGUCCCACCCUGCCCUAUAACAACGGGGGGUUGAAAGUUCCAACCUCCUCCAGCGGCCGCCUCGGCCUCCGCUCCCCCCAAAAGCUCCGCGAACGUCUGCAAACCGAGCUGAAAGCCGUCGAAGAAGUCGAUGCCACCCUUCAGUCCGAGCUCACCCGCAUCUCCGAAGACAUGACCCGCAUCAACGCCACGCUUCCGCGCUCCGCCUCCACGGAAAUCCGCCGUCUCUCCAGCGCCGUCCGCGCCCUCGAGGAGCGCGUCCCGCAUGCCAUGCUCGACCUGCAGGAGCGCCAGGCGGAGAUAAAUCGGGAGAUGGAAGCGACUUUAAGGGUCGCAGAAGCCAAAGUGAAAGCCAUCGAUCAGCUUUACAAGGAGGCGACGGCGGAGAACGAGUUGUUGUAUGAGAAGUUCAAUAGCGAAUUGGGCAAGAUGCUCAAGGCGCUCAAGGGUAAGGGGAGGGAGGAUAAGGAGGAAUUAUUGGCGAAACUGAGGGAGCAGAGUGAGGAGGCUGCAAGAGUCAAGAAGGAGAAUGCCAGGUUGAAGAGGGAGAUGGCGAGUUUGAGGGCGCUAAUUAAGGCGGGGGUUAGCAGUACGCCGGUGGAGAGGGUGCAAGGUCUUGAUGGGGUUGACGGGUCAUGAUUUUCAGACAGUGCCGUUUGUCUUUGGCGUGUUGGUUUAAUUCUCGGUCCUGGAUGUGUGAAAACAAAAGGGGAGCAUGGUGUCAUGUUGAGGGUACUUGGCUUUUGAUUGGUAUGCUCUAUGUCUUCAUAUAUGUUGGUAUAGUGUGGUAAAGUAGGUUGGUACCUAUGUUGUGGGUUGUGUUGGGGUUGCAUAAUAAUGGCUGUUUUGCGAGAGGAGAAUCGAGCAUCGAGCAUAAGUACAGCACAGAAGAGCCAUAUGGAAGAUCAAAAGUAGCAGAUGAUGAGCCAAUGCUACAGACUCAUUAACAAGUCGAAUUAUCAAG